UCGUGGUAGUCAAUCGCGGAAUUCAGUUCAAAUACGAACAAACGCCAUAAUCUUCUCUAUAAAAGCAAUGACAGUGAUAAGAAAUCAUUUCAGUUCAUAAUUUCAGUUCAUCUUGAGCACAUCAAAAUGCUGUGUUCGGAAAGUUUAGCGACUCUUUUGUGUAUAAUAGCGCUGGGCUAUACGUCUGCCAGAGACUACAAGUGUGCAUUCGAGGGAAGUCAACAAUGCGUGUUUCGUGGAGUUCAGCUGAAAUCUGCAGAUCAACUAGCGUCAAAUACAUUCUCGUCAAGUGGAACCGCCCCACGAAAUGUGAAGUUUGCUUCAUCCACCAUGGCCGUAGUGCCAACAGCAGUCUUCCAGCAAUUUCCAAACGUUGAACAAUUGGAUAGCAGUUUCAGUGGAAUUAAGACUCUGAUGGGCGAUACAUUCGCCGAAGCCAACAAUCUGAGAGAGUUGAAUCUAACUGGAAACAAAAUCCCGUCUCUGCCGAAUAAUCUCUUCAAUGGGGCGAAAAAAAUCACCACGCUUGACUUUUCGCAAAACGAUAUCAGCGAGAUUCAGGAAAGCACAUUCACCGGAUUGAAUCAACUGAGGGUCUUGAAAUUAGAUAACAAUCAAAUAGCAACGCUUCCGGCGGCAGUAUUCAAUCCGCUAACAUCAUUGGAGGCGCUAGAUCUCCAAAGGAAUAUGCUAUCAAAAAUAGACGAUUCACUUCUGGCAAGUUGCACUUCUUUGAUAUCAUUGAAUGCUUCUCACAACGUUCUACAGAAAUUCGAGACGAAACAAUUCCUCAGAGAAUGGUCGGUAGAUGCCAUUGAUGUCAGCUUCAAUCGUUUGAAAGCUAUUAGCAUUCCUAAGAAUCUUCGCAAAUUGGUUGCCUCGAACAAUCAAAUUCAAUCGGUCCAAGUGUUGGGGAAAGAGCCAUCGCUUAUUUUCUUGAGAUUAUCGCAUAACAAAUUGACCAGUGCCGACCAAAUCCCCAGUUUCAACAAACUGGUGACCUUGGAUCUUUCUCACAAUCAAAUCGAGAGUUUCGAUUUCGGCUCAGUGAGCAAAUUUCGGAAUCUUAUUCUGCUGAAGCUCGACGGCAAUCGAUUGACAACAGUGUCCAACAGUUUAGUCAGCGAUGUAACCUACCUGAAGUAUGUUCAUCUAGCACACAAUCAGUUGACUCGGCUAGAUAUGGAAACACUGAGAACGCUCCCAAGAAUACUUAAACUGGAUCUUGGGUACAAUAAACUGACGCAGCUAGAUGCCAAGCACAUCAGUGACAGAUUUCCGGUUUUGGUACGACUCGUGCUCACUGGUAAUGACUUCCAGUGCGAUAAAAUUGCGGAUUUGGUUAAAGAGCUCAAAUACGCUAUCACCGAAUACAAAACCACUGCCGAUCAAUGUAAAACAGGGCAACGUUUGGUGGGCGGCAUUUGUUGCUCUUGAAUGGGGGUCGCUAUUUAAAAUCAACACUAGGAUUCGUCCCACGAGCGAAGUGUAAUGGAUGUUUAUAAACAUUGCUGAUUAUUGUAUUCAGUACUCGAUAAUCGCUUACUUUUAUAGCAAUAAACUGGGUUUUUCCAA